UAUUGCUACGCUUCUCCUCAACAAAUCAACAAUGUUAGAGCAUUCGAUACAAAUUUCUCAAAAUUAAAAGCGUUUUUAGAAACAAUUAAAAAACACACGAAAAUUCACAAAAAAAAACAGAACACAAAUUGAGGUUCUAGCUGAACGGCAUUUAGCAUUAAAAUUUGAAAUGUUUUCGAACUUUACGGAGUUGUCGAAGGCGAUGGAGAAGAGCGGCGAACGCAGUGGAAAGUUCAUGCAGUAUGUGUGCCCGCCGGUUCGACUGGGUUCGUAUCCUCCGGUGGCGGCCAGGCGGGCCCCCUUGGAGGCGCUCAACGGGGAGAGACGACGACAGACGAACAUGCAGCGAAAGGCAAGGAAGCAAGUGGCUGGAGAAGCAGCAGCAGCCGCCGCACGUCGUACAGGUGGAGUAGCUCCAAGUGUAAAUUCUGCUCCUGCUUCAUCCGUUCGGCGUAGAAAAUUACAACAUCCGGUGGCCGAAUGGAUCAUGAGUCCGUGCCAGAACUUUGAGCAGGACAGCGACUCGGAGGCAGAGCACAAACUGCCGCAGUCGAGCAGUCGAUUGCUCUCUGCCGUUGUCUCUCGCCGCCAGCUGGAGUCGCGCACCUACAUCGUGCCCAGCCAGCGGAUCAUGGAGGUUGCGGCACUCAAGAAGGCCCAGGUAUGGCCAUUGCUGGCGAAGAAGGAACGCCUCGAGCAGCAGACCAUGGCCCAGCAGGUGGAAACGCAGCCGCUGGACGAGACUAGAAUCGAAUCGGAAGUGCUGGUGGAAUCCGAACUGGAACUGACUAUUGGCCAGACUCACAGCAGCAGGAGCAGGAGCAAGACCAGCGUCUCCAGUCAGCCCCAAGAAGCAGAAGAGCAGCAGGCCAGAGCAUGGUCCAAGGUACGCCUCAUUCCGGACAGCUCCAAGGCCAUUAGGCUAACAUCGACGGUGGUCAAGAUUAUACCCAAUGCCCCCAAGACAGAUGCAAAGGCCAAGGCUGGCUCCAGGAAGCAACAAGCAGCCAACGCUGAUCCCUUCGAGGAGGAGCCAACAAGUGUGCUGCCACUCAAGCCACCACCCUCGGAUCAGCGUCUGUCGAGGAGUUGUCCCCCAAAGAGCACAAAAAAGAUGCCUGGACCUAGGCCUAAGCUGAACCAAGUCAGCAUGGCCAGGCCUCAAUCUCAAUCUCAAUCUCAGCAGCAGUCUGCGGCACCAGCAGCGACUGUUGCUCCUUCGAUGAACUCGAAAAUAGUGCGCAUGGCACAGCACAAGGUGCCGCGCACUGCCGAGGAUGGCAUCGACAUGAGCUAUCAGUAUUUUGUAUCCAUUCCGUUGAAGCGGGGCAAGAAGCCUCAUGCCGUGCGCUAUUUACACCAGUCUUUGGUGAAGAGUCUCAAUCCCACAGUUCGGCACACGUGCGGCAAGCGAAUCAAGAAAAAGAAGUCUCAGCAGUGCGAGAAGCAAGCGGAGAUGGACGAGAAUCCACUGGAAGCAGCCGAGACAGAGGCAGAGCCAGAGUUGGGACCAGAGGAAGAGCUCGAGGCGAAGCCGUUCAAGGAGCCGACACUCAAAUUGGAGCGCAAAUACAUGCCAAUGCUGCAGCUGCUCUCACAGAUCCCAUAUCCGGCGGAGACCGAGACCGAGCCCGAGCCGCAGCCCAAGGAAGAUCUUCAAGAGACGACAAAAGAUAUUCUCGAGGCACAAGGCGAUCAUCAAGUGGCAAAAUCAAAUCGUCAACUGGCUGGAACCGAUCGUGAAGUGCCAGGAGCCAAGCCCAAGAAGUGCAGGACAUCGCUGCGACUGUUUCCGCCCAUCCAUUCGGUUCUGGUCGACUUUAAGCGGGAGGCAACGCGUCUGGAAUCGAUUGCCGGUGCCCAGAUCUGCUAUCAUACUCCAGUCCGCUUCCUGCGGCGACUGGCGGGCGGAGAGGCACACAAGCUAAGCACUUCUCCGGCAGAUGCUCAGCGGCAGCAGAAGGAGCACACGGAGCAGCCGAUGGACAAGGUGGAGAGGGUGCAAAAAUCCGUCAGCUUUCAAUCAUCGGAGACCAAGAGCAGCAGCAGCAUCCGCCUGACGGAGCUUAAGAUCGAUGUGCCAGAGCCAGAACCAGUGCCAGUGCCAGUGCCAGUUCCAGCCCCAGUGCGCGGGCAAAGCAAAUCCCCGAAGAAGUUGGCCAGCAGCAAGAAGCAAACCAAGAGCACAAAUAAAAUGAAGAAGUUCGCCACCAAAUAAAAUAUUCCGCCCUCAAUUUCCCCAUUCGAUUUGUACUUUUCAAAGCGAUUAAAUAGCUCAAUUGCUGGCCCACAA